AGGCGCCGGGGCGGAGACGGGCCGGAGCGGCCAGAGGGCCGGCUGGCCGGGAGCCGCCAGUCCCGCUGCAGUGGGGCCGGCCGGGCGCGGCGCUGCCUCCUCCGCCGCGCGGGCAUGGAGGAGGCGGCCUGAGGACCGGAGCCGAGCCGGGGCUGGAGCGCGCGGUCUGACCUACUAGAAACAUGGCAACCAGUGCAGUCCCCAGUGACAACCUCCCCACAUACAAGCUGGUGGUGGUGGGAGAUGGGGGUGUGGGCAAGAGUGCCCUCACCAUCCAGUUUUUCCAGAAGAUCUUUGUGCCUGACUACGACCCCACCAUUGAAGACUCCUACCUGAAACACACAGAGAUUGACAAUCAGUGGGCCAUCCUGGAUGUUCUGGACACAGCUGGGCAGGAGGAGUUCAGCGCCAUGCGGGAGCAGUAUAUGCGCACGGGGGAUGGCUUCCUCAUCGUCUUCUCAGUCACGGACAAGGCCAGCUUCGAGCACGUGGACCGCUUCCACCAACUCAUCCUGCGUGUCAAGGACAGAGAGUCCUUUCCGAUGAUCCUCGUGGCCAACAAGGUCGAUCUGAUGCAUUUGAGGAAGAUCACCAGGGAGCAAGGAAAAGAAAUGGCGACCAAACACAAUAUUCCAUACAUAGAAACCAGUGCCAAGGACCCACCUCUCAACGUGGACAAAGCCUUCCAUGACCUGGUCAGGGUAAUUAGGCAACAGAUUCCGGAAAAGAGUCAGAAGAAGAAGAAGAAAACCAAAUGGCGGGGAGAUCGGGCCACUGGCACCCACAAACUGCAGUGUGUGAUAUUGUGACGGGCCUGAGGCCCUGGCCGCGGUGACCGUGACCUGGCCGGCCUCUGGGGCCUUCCACUGCCUAACCGCACUGAAAACCAUGUCUAACCACGACCCUUGGCCCGAGGACCUGGCACAGGAAGGGAGAAAGGGCAGGGAGGAGCUCGGCUCUGGCUUUGCCCGAAGGGCACAGGCUUUCCUGAGUCUCACAAGAGACAGGGAAGCAGCCUCCAAGCCCCUCGUGUUGAUUCAACCUGGUUCCUCCCUGUCUCUCGGUGGCUGUGUUGUUCCUUUGAAGUACACAGUAUUGGUGUGAUGUGGAAGUGUGUCCACGGACAGAGUACUGAACAAGCCAUGAUCCACCCCUACCCCGCUGCCCCCAGCCCAGAGUGUCUGAGCUUGGGGGGCUUUUGUAGUUUUUUAAAUUAUUUUAGUGAUUAUUAUUUUAUUAAAGGGGUCUGUGCCCACGGAUGGGCGGAGCUUCUGGUCUUCAGCAGGCCACUCUGAGAACACGUCUGGAAUAAUGUUGUUGUUUGUGACUGAGUUUUCCCAGCAGUGCCCAAACUCAGCUCAACAUGCAAGUGGAGGGACUGAGAGCAUGGAGGUGAGUGGGGACAGUGGCCCAAGGCCUCGGAGGAACAUCCCACUCCCAGCCUCCAAGCACAGAAGAGAGGUGCGGUCACCCAGAGGGUUUUGCUGUGCCUAAGGGUGCAGGUAUUAGGAAAUGAAAUUUUAUUUUGCUUAGCAGAGAGGCUGGCACGAGCAUGUCCUUUUUUGGAGGGGUUUUCAUGAUCCUGGACGUGUAUAAGUUAAGUUAGCUGAUUGGCUGUGCAAAAGUGUCUUCUGGCUUUCCAGACUGUGUGGAUUGAGUUCUGUGCCCUGAGAGCUCUCCUGGAUCUGUCUCUUCCUGCUCUCCCACUACCUGUGCUGCCUCAUGCCUCUUGGACACAAACACAUGGACGUGGGCACGUAUGUCUCAGCGUGUCCCAGUAAGCUAAUGUGAACGCCAUCCAGAAAGCUCUAGUUCAUGCUGAAUCUUAACCAAAAACGAUCUAACACUGUUGUUACUAGAACACAACCAAGACAAGAAGCCAUUUUCCCUUUGACUCCACUGACGACCACUUCUUAAAGCCCAGUAAAUAAGCAAACCCGGCUAAGCAUUUGCAAACUUAGGAUUCACUUGCCUUUCUGGCACACACUUUUCUUCACCUCUUGGAUCUUCACUGUAACAUAAUUAAAGGAGAAAGAAAGGGUGGGGUGAUGACAUGACCCCAUAUACCUGCUUCUAUAAGGGGACACUCCCCCAACUUCCUGACAAUGCCACUUCCCUCUCAGGUGCUGCCGCCGUGAUCCAGAGACUGGAUUUUCCCAGUCAGAGGGUGGAGGGGCAGCAGCGACCACAAAGCUCCCCAUCCCUGACAGAAGAUCAGAAUAUGAGGUAGCUUGCCUCAUGACCCCAUUUUUCAUUUACAAAUCAGGUCACGAGGCAAACUAGAGCAUCCCUAGCAGGUGGCCUGGCUGCUCUUUUGAGAGAAAAGCCCUGAGAAGGUGAGCACCUCCCUGGACAUGGAGACACCUCGCAUCAUUUCUGGUUUUAAAAGCAUGCUGUGUUCCUGACUCAGCAAGAUCACCAGCACCAGGGGGCCCAUCCAAAGAGCAUUGAAUGAAAUCAUUGGGACCUCAGUUAAUUGGAAAUUCGAACUCCUUUAUUUGUCUCAAUGGUCUUCUCACUCCUCGCCCCCCUCCCCGACCCUGAACGGAAAGAUAACAACAUUCCAGAUUAGGCACUUCAGAGUGUCCCAAGAUCCUAUAAUGCUAAUGGGCAUUUUAAACACAAACAGGCCAAGGUUCUUUCCAACCCUUCUGCUCCUCUGAGCUGAGUCCUCAACAGACCCAUGUGCAAAGGAGAGGAGGGCACGGCAGCAAGACAGGCAGGACAAAGUACUGAGGGAGAUGCUCUGCAACGGAGGAGUGGUGGGUGGGAAGGGAAGCCAUGCACACAGGACAGCAGCCGCCGCUGGAAAGCUUCUUCUGGGCAUGGACCAUCGCCAGCAGGUCCCUGCCCCCUGCCCUGUGCAGAGUCUGCAGCUCCUUGGUAACCCUGAGUGGGGAGUCCUGUUGGAAGAUCAGCCACCCUAGAAUGAAGCCCUUAGCCAUGAAGGUAACCAGACACAUGAGUUCAUAUGCUGCUGGUCCCUCCCCCAACAGGGGCCAUGCUUCUGCCCACCCCCGCCUCAUCUUCCAGGACACCUGUCCUGCAGUCAGCCUGAAGGUCAGCUCCACAGUGCUUGAGGAACAAACUGGUGAAGGGAAGGACUGCUGCUGCGGAGUCAAGGUUAGGCAUUAUGUUCUGUGACCUCGUGUUCCCCAGAGAUGAGACAGAAAAAUAACACUUUUCGAAGACAGUUCUUUGUGUUUAAGGGAACUGUGGGCCCGAGGAGGAGUGGGGGCUUCCAGAUAGGCCAGAAUGGAGUGUACCCUGGGGCAUCCCCAGUGCAGUAGCUUCUCCGUGGUCCUGUGAGAGGGUCAUUUGGAACACCAGUUGGCCACGCCACUCCAUGACUGGGGAGUCCAAUGGGACUUAGGUCUUUGGUGACAUUUUGGUAUUUCCACUGGUUUUGCAGACCACCUCAAUAGUGCUACCUUCACAUCCCCUAGAACAUGCCCUUCUUGAAACCCUCUCACCCCAUGCCUUUGCCACUGUGUGCUCUCAAUUUUUCUCCUAAAAUUUUGACACCCCCAAUUAGAGGGCUACUUUUCUAUCCAACAGGUAAUCUUAGCCAUCUUCCCCACCCCUCCAGCCUGGGGCUCUGGCCACUGACUUCUCCUAUACUUGGCCACAGAGGGUUCCCUUGGAUGGUCUCUCUUAGGACUUUGACCCCACCUUGUGUUGUUUGCUGUGGAGAAUGCCUCGUGGCCUAGUGUGGCCAAUCUCACCUCGCCAGGAGACAUGACCCACUAACACAUGGCAGCUCUGACCCAAAGGCCACAUGUGACAGUAAUCUGGAGCCACAGACCGGUUCCCUCCAUUAGCAGCCCAUUGGGUUAGAAAUUCCAUGUUGGGUUUACAUAGAAUGAAAGAUACUUGAAUUGUUGAGCGCCCGUGAGCGCCCAGCCUCUGCUACCCAGUAUUAAUAGAUGGCCAUCGCUGUGAAAUGGGAGUGAUGCCUGAGGGUCUCAAUGAUGCUUGAGCCUUUUAUGUAACUUUUUAUUAAGUCUUUGUGUAUCUCAACUCAUUAAUAAAGAAAAGAAGAACA